GCUAUGGAGCAGGUGAUUGAGGAGUUCCAGGUCCCUCCCGAAAGAGAGGAUCGCGUCUUAGACCAAACAAGACUGCAGCUGAAACGCAUCGUCGCGGAGGCCGAGGAUAGUCUGAGGAAGGAACUCGCUGAAAGCUCGACGACCCCUGCGAUCGAUGCAGUGGCGGCCCGCUAUCACAGCGAGUUCGGACCAGUAGCCAGCCCUGUAGAGGAAGAGAUCAAGGUCGCACGCCUUAGACGAGUCCAAUUUCUGGAGAUGGAGUUGGAGACCCGUUGGGCUCGGCCUUUCGUGGGCCCUUUGCCUCCGCAUUCCGCUGCCGCGCGACGGUACGAGCUGGAACUCGGAAAGAAGAAUCCCAAGGUCGUCGCCUUUGUGGCAGAAGAAGCUGCGCACGCAGCCACGCUUGAGGCUGACCUCGAAGUGGAACUCUCCUCUUUGCAGAAGAAGGUGCGAGAGCUGAUGAAGAAAAGGAUGGAAGCCCGGGCGAGGGCCCUCAUUCAGGACUUCGACGAGAAACUCGCAGACACAUUCGCGCAGAUCCAAGAGGUGAUCGAGAAGGCCAUCAUCAACAUCGGCCCAGACAAUCCAAAGGUCAAGAAGCGGGCGGAGGAGCUUCUCUCCCCGGAGGCCAUGAUGAGCCUCCCCCUCGCCACGACGGAGGGCCAGGAAGCGGCAGCCCCACAGCCGGCUCCCGAGCCCGUGCCGGAGGCCUCCCAGCGAGCCGAGUUUCCUGAAGAAUUUGCAGACAUCAAUUUGGAGCCACCGCUGCCGCCACCCGGCGAAGGGCCGCCGGGCCCCCCGGCGGAAACACAGCGGCCGGCUGAGAAGCAGCGGGAAAUCCUUCAGGGUGGACGAGCCGAGCUUGAUCCAGACCUGGAGCUGGACGACGAGGACGCGUGGGGUGAACCCGUCGGCUUCGCCGAGCUAGUCAGCAUCAGCGACCAGGUGUGGGAUCCCAAGAAGCUGGAGCUCGAGGAAGAGAAGGCAAGGAUCAGCUUCGAGCCAGACCCGGCCCAAGUUCUUCAUCUCACCACCAUCGCCGCGGAGGAUGAUUCUCCCGAGAUGGAGCAGCGCCGGGCAGAGCAGGAGAAGCUUGAGCGCGAGCGCGGCGAGCAGAAGGAGAGAACAGCCGUUCUGACGCUGGAGGAUUUGACCAUGGACACGGUGGCCAUGCAUACGGAGGAUGUCUUCAAGCUGAAGUUCAUCCGUUCCAUUGCAGAGGCAUUACAGAUUCCGAAGCAUCGGGUCAAGGUCAACGGCUUUGCUUCCGGAUCGGUAAAAGUGCUCCUGUCUAUCCUGGAGCCCACAGGAGAUGAACCUGAGGAAGAGGAUGGACGAAGCCCUCUACCAAAGCCGACUCACAGCCCCGGCAGGCAGCCGGAUCUCCGCAGAUCGCGCCUUGGAGGAACUCUUUGCCCAGGUGGAGGAUCCCAACAGUCGCUUCCGCUUGGGAGAGGUGGGCCCAUUCGUGGCCGCUGCUCGCCUGGAUCGGGACAUCAUCCCCAGCGCUCAGGUCAAUGUCGGCAGCAUGGCGGACUCGUACCUGGCAAGCAACCUUGA